UCCUUUGAGCUUCUGCUUGUUCAUUCUACUUCUUUCUCACAAAAGUAACCUCAUUUUCUUCAAAAUUAUUCCCACAUUUAGCUUCAUUGUAUUUAUUUCCUCUGUUUUAUACUUUAAUACGAUGGAUUUCGGAAAUUUAUCUCGUGCUUCUAGCUCCUCCCCCUUUGAUUGCCUUAUGUUUGACUUGGAUGAUACUCUGUAUUCUUCUCACACCGGAAUUGGUCUGGCUCUCAAGAAAAACAUCGAAGAUUUUUUGAUGGAGAAAUGUGGAUUCACAAGUGAUCAAGCUUCGACUCUUCGUGUUGAGCUUUUCAAAUCGUAUGGUAGCACUCUUGCUGGAUUACGGGCCCUAGGGUAUGAUAUUGAUGCUGAUGAUUACCACAGUUUCGUGCACGGGAGGUUGCCAUACGCGCAGAUCAAGCCAAAUUCUAACCUACGCAACAUCCUCCUCAGCAUCACCCAAAGGAAGAUAAUUUUUACAAAUUCGGACCGAGUUCAUGCUACAAAGGCUUUAAACAGGCUUGGAAUAGGGGAUUGUUUUGAGCAAAUUAUAUGCUUUGAAACACUUAAUCCAAACCUCACAAUGGCCACUCGUCCUGAUGAAAUUCCUGUUGUUCUAAAGCCUUCGAUUGAUGCUAUGGAAAUUGCUAUUUCUGCUGCUAAUAUUGAUCCUCAUCGCACCUUAUUCUUGGAUGACAAUGUUAAAAACGUCGCCGCUGGAAAAGCUCUCGGUCUCAAAACUGUAGUGGUUGGACGAACAACAAAAACUCAAGAUGCAGAUUAUGCUCUUGAGUCAGUGAAUAACUUAGCACAAGCAAUUCCAGAGAUAUGGCAGAUCAAUGCAUCGACAAAAGAUGAUGAAAGGGCAAUUGGACGAUCUAGGAGUGAUCUUGAGAACCUUCUUAUUGUUGGGGCUUAAAUACUUAAAAAAAAUUCCACUACCAUCAAUACUUCGUCAAAAGAUUGGGUGAAUUGAUUUUAGCACUCUUAAAAUAUAAAAUCGUCACUCUCUUAAAGUGGAAACAAAACUUAUUUAAAAAACGUACGUGAUCUCAGCUAAAGAAGCGCGGUUAUAUGUAAGAGUGCUACUCAUAUCCGAUGGAUGUUGGAACUUAACCUAAAUAUAGUUGACAAUGUAGCGUGUAUAUCUUUUCUUCUCCGUUUGUAUGUUCUAGAGUUUUGUAAAUGCAUGCACAUAGAUGUUGUGAACUUAUGAGGACAUUAUUGUAAAUUUCAUGAAUGUCAUCUGAUCUUGUUAUGAAUAAUAAUAAUGUAAAGAAUAUCCAGAACAUUCCUAAGCAUCAACAACUCAGCAUAGUGAUCAUCUACAAGUAUAUGCUUACAAUAA